GUCUAGACUCGCCUCGCGUCAGAGCAGAACUACAGCACGGCUGCCAGUCAAUCCCUCCGGACCUGCGGAUAGCCUCAGACUGCAGAAAUCACCGCGCCUCACUCGCCUCAGCCUCAACAGUGAUCUGAGUCUGCUUUUAGCUUCCCUUCGCCUGCCUUGGUUUGUUUCUGUUCAAGAACAGCUGUUUGGCCCCUAGAUUAGAGAAAGGCGCCACCUCCCCCUCUCCCAAGAGAUCCUCUUCUAAGUGUUCAGAGAUGGGGAGUGGGGAACCUAAUACUGCUGGCAAGAAAAAGAAGUACCUCAAAGCUGCCCUGUAUGUGGGUGACUUGGGCCCUGAUGUCACAGAAGACAUGCUCUAUAAGAAAUUCAGACCUGCUGGCCCUCUACGCUUCACUAGAAUCUGCCGUGACCCGGUGACCCGCAACCCCCUGGGUUAUGGUUAUGUUAACUUCCGCUUUCCUGCAGAUGCUGAGUGGGCCUUGAACACAAUGAAUUUUGAUUUAAUUAAUGGUAAACCAUUUCGCCUCAUGUGGUCACAGCCAGACGACCGCUUAAGAAAGUCUGGAGUUGGAAAUAUAUUCAUCAAAAACUUGGAUAAAUCCAUAGACAAUAGGGCCCUAUUUUAUUUAUUUUCUGCUUUUGGGAACAUUCUUUCCUGUAAAGUCGUGUGUGAUGACAAUGGUUCUAAGGGUUAUGCCUACGUUCAUUUCGAUAGCCUUGCUGCUGCCAAUAGGGCUAUCUGGCACAUGAACGGAGUUCGACUCAACAACCGCCAGGUGUAUGUGGGCCGAUUCAAAUUUCCUGAAGAGAGAGCAGCUGAAGUCAGAACCAGGGAUAGAGCAACCUUUACUAAUGUUUUCGUGAAAAACUUGGGAGAUGACAUGGAUGACGACAAACUAAAGAAACUGUUCAGUGAAUGUGGGCCAACUGAGAGUGUUAAAGUACUAAGAGAUAGCAGUGGGAAAUCGAAAGGCUUUGGAUUUGUAAGAUAUGAGACACAUGAAGCUGCCCAAAAAGCUGUGCUAGACCUGCAUGGUAAGUUAAUAGACGGGAAACCCCUAUAUGUAGGGAGAGCACAGAAGAAAAUUGAACGCUUGGCUGAGUUAAGGCGGAGAUUUGAAAGGCUGAAAUUAAAAGAAAAAAGUAGGCCUCCAGGAGUGCCUAUCUACAUUAAGAACCUGGAUGAGACCAUCGAUGAUGAAACACUGAAGGAAGAAUUUUCUUCAUUUGGAUCUAUUAGUCGAGCCAAAGUGAUGAUGGAAGUGGGACAAGGCAAAGGGUUUGGGGUCGUCUUCUUCUCUUCUUUUGAGGAGGCUACCAAAGCAGUGGAUGAGAUGAAUGGUCGUAUAGUAGGAUCUAAGCCACUGAAUGUCACUCUGGGCCAAGCCAGGCACAGGUGGUGAGCUCUAGCUGUUGGGUACUUAACUUAAGCUCCUUUGUAACACAGGGUGAUUUUCUGCAAAUUCACAG